AUGCUGCCCACCACGCUGGGGCACCAGGAUGAGAAGCAGUCGGCCACCACCCUCCUAGUGGGACCCCGUCACGGCAUCAGCCAUGUUAUUGACCUCAAAACCAACCUCACCACUGUGCUGUCCGAGUUCAGCAAGAUCAGCAAGAUCCAGCUGUUCCGGGAGAACCAGGGCGUGGCCCGGGUGGAGACCAGCAUCAUGGAUGCCAAGCCUCUGGUGCUGUUGAUGGAGUGGCCCGAAGCCACCAACUUUGCCUGCCUGAUUGCGGGGUACUGCCGCCUCCUGCUGGAUUCCAGGAAGAUGGUCUUCUCCAGGCCUGCUAGCCAGCCUCUCCCACCUCCAAUGAUCAAGGCAGAUUACAUGCACAGCGCCCACCGCCCUGUCACUGGGGGCCACCUGGGGAAAAAGGAGAGUAGUUAUGUGGGCAGCAUGGGCACCAGCCCCAGGAAGUCGAGCCGCUGCACGCCCCCGCCUGCCGACUCUGAGCUUGUCAGCUUUUGCUACCUCCACAUGCGGGAACAAAGGAAGGAUCAGGAAAGCCGGACAGAUGUCAAUGAGAACUUAAUCUUCUUUGAGGAGACCAGGCCCCGGACCAAGUCUGACCCCACGUCCAAGAGUUCUGGCCAAGGUUAUGUGAUCCCUGAUGACUUUGAUGCAGCUAGCCUAGACCAUGAGCCUUGUGCCAGCAGGGCCCGUUCCUACACUUUGGACAAUUCCCUUGGGGCUGAAGCCCUGAAUUUCUACUGUGACUCUUGCAAAGCCAAACUCCAGGAGCAGCUGGGCCCUCGCAAAGGUGGGAGGUCUGGCUCCUCUCGUGACAAUAUGGUAGACUUGAUGUCCCUCCCACCCCCCGGGAGUGAGGAGGAGGAAGAGGAGGAAGAUGAGAGCACUUCGCUGUUGCCUUCCAUUGCUGCCCCACCUCCUGGUUUCCGAGACAACAGUUCUGAUGAAGAGGACCCCAAGCGCCGGGCCGUCCAGAGCCAGGAGCAAGGACGCCACCUGCAUGGGCUCCUGUACGAUGAGAUUCCGGUGACACUGAUUGACAGCGUGCAGACCCGGACAGUCCGAGAUCAUGCCCAGGAGCUAGAUGAUGCCCUGGUGUCCACUCUGCAGGCUCUGGAAGCCCUGGCAGCCUCAGAGGAUGGACCACACCCCCCAGCCCCUCAGACUGCAGGUCUGAUUGUGCUGGCCACAAUCACCCCUGAAUCGUCGCUGGACUCGGGCCACGAAACCAACUCUUCGGAGCUCACGGACAUGUCGGAGGUGAUGUCAGCCAUGAAGCAACACCAGAAUACCACCUACUUCCUGGCCCAGCAUCUCAACAAGGACAGCCUCCUGGCCCGCAAGGACCUGCCCUUCCGGAUCCAGAGCUGUGCAGCCCAGGCCGUUCUCACGGCCCCUUACUCUCUCGGGCGCCCAGAUCCCAACCCAUCCCUCCAGCCAGCUGUCACAGGCCAGAGUCCUGGCGCCCCUGGUGCUCGGAGGAAGGUGCCCCCGUCAGAGGCGCAGCCACAGAACGAGCGAACGUACGCCUUGGCUGUGCACCCAGCACUGUCCCCUCAGCUGAGUGAGCAGAAGAAUCUGAGCCUGCUGUCCCCAGUUCCUGAGGACAAAGGGCCUGGCCACACUCGGGCGGGCCUAGAGAUGUCACUGAGGGCGGCCACACCGUCCCUCAGUGAAGAGCAGGUCUCUGAGCUAAGGGAGAGCCUGCCCAAGGAGGUCAGGUUGAGCCCCAAGCUUAUCCUGGACCCAAAGGGCAGUGUGACCCCAGCCAUCAUCUCGGCCGCCCUACAGCAGGUGGUUCAUACUAAGAGUCUGUCUGCCCCUGGCGGGGCCUUGGGGAGCACCCCCAACAGUGGGGAGAGGUUAGAGGCCAGCAUGGGGAGGUCAGAGGUCAGCAUGGGAAGGCCAGAAGUUAGCAUGAUGAGCGGCAGUGCCAAUAAGAAUCUUAAGUUCAAAAUGAGUCCCAGUGCUCCAGAGGCCUCACGGAAUUCCCAGCUGCAGCUGAGCCCAGAAGUCUCUUCCGGCUCCAGAGCACCCACAGGCAGCCGAGCUGAUAGCCUGCACCUCUCCUCACAAGAGGACAGGCUGCCUAUUCAAAGUUUCCCUCCCAAAAGCUAUCUUUCUCGAGUGAGUCGAGAGUCAGUGGGCAAGCAAGGUACCGGGGAGGUGGCGGGCAAGGGCGGGCCUGAGGGUGCUAAGCCUUCCCUGCACAAGCAGGGCACCGUCUCCGGCCAGGGGGAGAAGGGGCAGCUGGAGAGCACCCUCCAAAGCAGCAAGCUUGAAGACACCAGCCUGGUCCCCCGAGCCGGCUACCCCAUGGUUCUGCAGAGCCCCAGCUGUCCGCCGCGAGGCCAGAGCCCCAGCUGUCAGCAGCGAGGCCAGAGCCCGCUGAGGCCUCAGGCUGCCAGCCGGCAGGUGAGCACCAUGCCCUCCAGAAAGAUUGAAACGACCCUGGAUGGAGCCCACUUGGCCUCCGAAGGCCCCACCAAGCCCAAAUCGUCCCGGGGCCCUUUCCGGCUCCGCAACUUAUUCUCUGCCACCUUCCCAACCCGCCAGAAGAAGGAGACCGAUGAGCGGCAGGCCCAGCUGCAGAAGGUGAAGCAGUAUGAGCUGGAGUUCCUUGAGGAACUUCUCAAGCCACCAAGCCAGGGGGAGCUGUCGGGCACCGAGUACCUGCAACCCCCAGCUCCAGGCCGCUGCAGCUGCCAGCUCCGCAGCAGCCCCGUGCAGCAGGGGCCCGGCAUGUCCCGAGAGCAGAGGCGCAGCUGUGAUUGCAAGCGCAUGUGCCGGGGGGCCCGGCCUCAGGCCCCCCAGACGCCGGUGCCCGGCCUCCGGGGGAGGGAGAGGGACAGGGUCCCCCCGACCCAGAGGCAGCCAGAGGCCGGCCUAGGCUUGAGCCUCGGCAGCCCCACCAGUGUCCGGCGCAUGCGCUCCACCAGCCUGGAAUCCCGAGAGUGCCGAUCGGACCCUGAGAGCGGGGUUUCAUGCCUGACCACAUGUGCCUCGGGGGGCGAGUGUCUAGGAGCUCCCAACUACAGGAAACUGAUGCGCCGCUACAGCAUCAGUGAGCUGGACCAGGGCGACAGGGCCUCGCUGACCUCGGACGUCUACCCGCACCCACCCCUGGGCAUGCUGCCCAGGGAGGCCAGGGAGGUAGAGGCAGGCCUCCCCCUAGGCGUGGGUCCCAAAAGCAUGUCACUGGAAUCCCCGACCCUGGGAGACCCCUCCUACGUCCAUGUUGCCCCUGAGACCAAAGGCCCCAGACAGAUGGCCGUGUUCUCACUGCCGGAAGAGGUGUACCGGAAGCCCGCGGAGCUGGACGAGGACAGUGAGAGUGGCAAGUGCUGCUCCAUCCGCUACUGCUUCUACUACCGCAAGUGCGACAUGGCGGAUGACACCAGCGAUGGCAAGGACGAGCUCUCCUACUCCAUCCCCAUGAAGAUCCUGCCCGGCAUGAAGCUGGACGAACAGGUGGUGCCCGUGGUGAGCAGGACCCUGCAGGUGCUGGAUGCCGCCACCUGCAGCAGCCCGGAGGCCUCCCGCACCCAGGAGAUCGACCUGCGGGUGUCCACCUUCGAGGGGAGCCUGGCCAAGAUCAACGCCCUGCGGGCCCAUGCCUACGGCCUGCCUGACGGCUUCCUGGCCGCCCGGCUGGACACCAACGAGCUGCUGACGGUCCUGAGGCAGUGCGUGGCCAGCCCCGAGGCCCGCGCCCCCAAGCCCUACGUCUCCCAGAUCUCUGAGUACAAGCUCGAGCUGGCUCUCAAGUUCAAGGAGCUCCGGGCCUCCUGCCGCCGCGUGGCCAACGUGGACAAGAGCCCCACUCACAUGCUGGCGGCCAUCACGGGCAGCUUCCAGGUGCUGAGCAGCCUCAUUGAGACGUUCGUGCGGCUGGUGUUCAUCGUGCGCUCUGAGGCCCAGCGCCAAGAGCUGCUGGCCAAGGUGGAAGAGGUGGUGAGGAACUACACCUUCCUGCUGCGCGCAGCCGAGGAGUCCACCGCCCGGAGCCUUAAGCAGCAGCAGCAGGCAGCAGCCGCGGGGCACACGCCGGGCUCCCCCACUUCAGCGACUGUUAUGAGCACAUUCACCCGCUCCUUAAAAACCCUUAUCAAGUAGGCCAUCUGCCCGGGCCUGCCCCCUUCCCCAACCGUGGCCCCAGGUUUGAGCUUUGUGGUCUUUGCAUCUUGUGGUGAGUAUAGGUGUCUGCUGGGCCAGUCAGGGUCCCAGAGCCCUCAGUCUCCAGGGAGUGACAGCUCCGUGCAUUGAGGCUGUCCCUGAGGGCUCCGGGCAACUGCCACCCUGGGUAUCCUCACCCCUUCCCUGGCCUCUGGGCGUCACUGUGAGGGCCAAGGCCCCCCCUCCCCCGUCACCACGCCCGCCGCAGAUCUGUUUUGCCUCUCUUCUCUAGGGCUGAGACGUGACGUCGGGUCCACUUCCUGCUCCAUCGUGGUAGCCGGAGGGAGGCGGGCCUGAAGCAGGGGGCCCGUGGGCCUUGAGCUCCUCUUGGCUCCUGUGCCCCUCUGGGGAGCAGUGGCAGUAGCAGCAGGCCACAGCGCCAAGCGAGCGGAGAGGCUCGGGCACGCAGUCCAGACGUGCCCACCCACCCUGGGCUCACACUAACUCGGCAGGAGCCAUCCCGGAGGGCUUGUGCCCGGGUAGUGGGUCUGCAGAAAACAGCCGCGCUCAGCUGUUUGUGGCCGGCCCAGCAGGCUGGCGGCCUCAGGGAGCGCUCGCCCCCGGGCCCAGUAGCUCCACACCAGCCAUCCCCAAAGUGCCCUGCCCCUCGCUGACAGGCAGGGCGGCUCAGUCCACUAGGGAGCAAGCAUCUGGGAUCACCCCGCUCAUUCUGGGUAAGGUACCUGGUGAACACGUCUGCCCUGGGGAGACCCAGCGCAGGCCUCAGAGCCCGCCUGGCCCAGGCCAGCGCAGGGGCUGUCGCUGCCGGCGUGCGGCUUCUCUCAACAUCUCUCUACCAGACAGACUGUCCUUAGGAGUCCGACUUAGCUACAGAU